ACUGAUGGACCUGUAACAAAUAAAUAAACAAGUAAAGAAUAAAUCUCUGUUUUCUUUUAUAGAUUAUGAACAGACUUUUUUUUUGGGAUGGCAAACUGCUGUAGAGGAAACAUUUAUCAAUCAGAAGGUCGAAGGAAAAAAGUUGGAAUAUAAGUUGCUGAUGCAGAAAUUUCCAUAUCCUCGUCACAGAGCAAAUAGGGAUACAAUGAGUAUUUAUCAAGUAAUUCCAUGGUUUAUUGGAUAUAGCUUACUAAUUUUCAUAAUAGAUAUCAUCAGAAGAAUUAUUGAAGAAAAAGCUAAUGGAUCUAAAGAGCUUUUAAAGAUGAUGGGCAUGACAGAUGCUUUGUAUUGGACUAGUACAUUUAUAAAUUUUUUUGGACUUGGAGCCCUGGUGAUGCUGAUAAUUACCAUAAUUUAUAAGAGUCCGCUGAGAUUAUCCUUAGUUUUUAUUCCACAUACAGAUUUUUUUUUAUUACUAGUAUUAAUGUUGUUAUUUAUGGCCAGUCUGGUUUUAUUUUGUAUGGCAUUUAGUACAUUUUUCAAUCGAGCUAUUUUUGGAACUGUUGCACUGCUUAUUGCGUAUAGUGUUUCAUUAUCACAAAUUGCAGUUAUGUACUUUGUGUUGGAUAAUAAGAUAAGAUAUUUUUCAUUAUCGUUGGGUGGAAAGUUAGGUAUUUGUUUACUUCCUCCUGGAUCUCUUCUCACAAUUUUUAAUAUAGUGUCUUUCUUUGAAUUGAGCGGUGAAGGUGUGAAAUGGAGUAAUAUAACUGAAUAUGGUGCAACAAAUGAUUUGAAUAUGUUGAUGGUCAUGGGAAUGAUGUUUGUAUCUUGCAUUAUAUAUAUUGUUAUUCUUUGGUAUGUUGAUGCAGUGUGGCCAUGGCAGUAUGGAAUACCUAAGCCAUUUUACUUUCCUUUUACAAAAAGCUAUUGGUGUGGACAUCUGCCUAAAGAUACUGAUGAAGUUGAGUUGAUUAACCAUACUGCAAAUGAGGAUUUUUUUGAAGAUGACCCGAGAGGUAUAUCACCUGGUGUUGUUAUACAAAGUAUUUCAAAGAUUUUCAGGAUUGGAUUACAAAAGAAAGUAGCUGUCAACAAUGUUUCCUUGAAUGUUUAUAAUGGACAGAUUACUGCUCUCUUAGGGCAUAAUGGAGCUGGAAAAACUACAACUAUUAAUAUUCUCACUGGACUUUAUGCUCCUUCAAGUGGAUCAGCAACCAUUAAUGGCUGGGAUAUUUUAACACAGACUAAAAAAGCUCGCAGAAGUUUAGGUGUAUGUCCACAACAUAAUGUGUUGUAUGACACACUUACAGUGGAAGAACAUUUAAAAAUAUAUGCUGGAUUGAAAGGUGUAAAAUGGAGUGAUGUUUCUCGUGAAACAUCUGAAAUUUUAAGCAUAUUGAACCUUAAUGAAAAGCGGAAUGAAUUGACAAAAAACAUAUCUGGUGGUAUGAAAAGAAAACUUUGUUUAGGAAUUGCUCUUAUUGGUGACUCUAAAGUUUUGUUUUUGGACGAACCAACUUCAGGAAUGGAUGUAGAAGCUCGACGGGCUGUUUGGGAUGCUCUCCUUACUUUGAGACAUGACCGUACUAUCAUCCUGACAACACAUUAUAUGGAGGAAGCAGAUGUUUUAGGGGAUCGAGUGGCAAUUAUGGCAGAGGGUGAAAUUCAAUGUGUUGGCUCACCUAUGUUUUUAAAAAAGAAAUUUGGCACUGGCUAUCAUUUGCAUAUAGUAAAAAAUGAGAAAUUUGAUUUAAGAAGCAUAACUGAAUUGUUAGAGAGACAUACACCUGGAUCUACUUUGGAAGCAAAUAUGGAAAAAGAAGUUACUUUUAACCUAUCUACUAGCGUUCAUGCAUCAUAUGGAGAUUUGUUUGGAGAGCUUGAAACACGUAAACAAGAACUUGGUUUUAACUCUUGUGGUGUAACAGUUACAACAAUGGAAGAUGUUUUUCUAAGUGUAGCCAAUUUGUCUGAUAGUAAGCUCAAAAAGGAAGUUGAUAAUGGGUUUAAAAAUGGAGAAGUUUUAGAUGCUGAAGAUGUGUACGAGGCAGUAGAAAAACUUCCAGAUGCUUCCAAAGUUACACAGUUGCUUGGACUGUUAAUAAAACGCUUUGAUUAUGCUAAGAGGAACUGGGGCCUUUUAAUUAUCCAACUUCUCUUGCCAUUCAUAAUUACAACUCUCUGCUUUUAUAUUAUUUCAGUUACUUCUAUGCAGUAUUCAAGUACUUAUACACCUCUGAAGUUAGAUAUAGGAGAUGUCUAUGGUGAAACAGAUGGAUUCUCUGAGGCAAAUGAAACUGACAUUUCAGGGCAUUUUAAAAAUGUGCUUAAGGAAAAUUCUGUAUCUGUAACAGAUACUAAGGAUCCUAAUAAACUAAUUUUAGACUAUGGUGCCAAAGAUCUCACAGCUUAUUUGAAAAAGUUCCUAGUAGGUGGCAGUGUAGGAAAAGAGGAAAACGGUAGUCUUAUUUUAACAGCUUGGUACAAUGGUGAGCCUUAUCAUGCAGCCCCUAUGUCUCUUUUGCUCAUGCACACUUCUCUCUUGAGGUCUGUUACUAGUACAGGCUCCAUAACAUUGAACAAUGCUCCUUUGCCAAGUUUUCGAACAACUUUUUAUGAUAAUGAAGUUAGAAUCAUAGAACGAAUAAUGGGAAGUAUUUUUAUUUCUUUAGCAUUAGCUUUCAUAUCUUCUAGCUUUGUUCUUCUUCCCACUCAAGAAAAGACAACGAAGGCAAAAUUAUUGCAACUUAUGACCGGCUGUUCCACUCCCUUUUAUUGGUUUACCAUGUUUAUCUGGGAUUUUUUUGUGAAUUUUAUCAUUUCCCUUAUAUUAAUUAUACCAUUUGUUAUCUUUAGCCGUCACGUGUUCUUCUCUCCUCAUUCUGAAGCAAUAGGUACAGCAAUUUUUAUGUUCACAAUGUAUGGAUGGGCAUCAAUACCUUUUAGUUAUUUGUUUUCAUUUCCUUUCAAAAAAGGCAGUACUGGCUUUUCAGUUCUUGUGACAAUUUCUGUUUUAGCUGGGGUUGCUAUAGCUAGUGCAUUGAGCACUGUGCAGGCCCAGUUCACUGCAAUGAAGAUGAAUAGUACUGCUCUUGAUGCUUCAGUUUGGGCAUUUCGCAUUUUCCCAAACUAUUGUGUAUCUUCUGGUUUUUCUAAUUUGUUUGCUAUUGCCUAUAAUAAUGCAUUUUGUGAUAAUAUACCAAAAAAUGAUCUAGCUUUUGCAUGUGAUCCAAAAUUUAUCACUGAGGGAAGUCCAAUUUACAAGUGUUGUAAAGAUUUUUGUGGAGAGGAAUGCCUUAAACAAACUCCAUUUCUUACAUGGGAUAAGGGUGCUUGUCUCCGAGAUGCUGUGAUGUUGCUUAUAGAUGGAUUCAUAUAUUUUGCCCUUCUGCUCUUGUUAGAAACUACUAUGGUAAAAAAAAUCUUACACAGUAUUAAAAACCAUUUGCCAAAGUGUAAAAAAGCAUUAAUUGGCCAAGUGCUUGGUAGCAGCAUCGCAGAAGAUUCUGAAGUUAUUGCUGAGGAAGAGCGAGUGCGUAACAUGACUUCUAAUAAUGCAGCUGAUGAAGCUCUUAUAGUACAUAAUUUAAGUAAAAAGUUUAACAGUUUCCACGCUGUUGAUCAUUUGACUUUUGGAAUUCAUCAAGAAGAAUGUUUUGGACUUCUCGGGGUGAAUGGGGCAGGCAAAACAACAACUUUUAGAAUGCUUACAGGUGAUUGCCUUCCCACUGAAGGUAAUGCUUUCAUAAAGAACUGUUCAUUGAUGCAAGAUUUAAGAAAGUUUCAGUCAUAUAUUGGAUAUUGUCCUCAGUUUGAUGCCCUUAUUGAUCGUUUAACUGGACGAGAAAUGCUUUGUCUUUUUGCUCGGCUGAGAGGUUUAUCUGGACAACGUAUGGUAAAUAUGGUAGAUAAAUUAAUAAAAAUGACAGACCUUACUCAACAUGCUGAUAAACAGUCUCAAUUUUAUAGUGGAGGUAGUAAAAGGAAGCUAUCAAUUGGAAUUGCUCUCAUAGGAGCUCCCCCUUUAAUUUUUCUGGAUGAACCAACUUCAGGUGUUGAUCCUGUUUCUCGAAGGAAAAUUUGGAAAAUUUUAGCUCAAGCAAGAAACAGAACUGGUGCGGCAGUCAUUCUUACAACUCACAGCAUGGAGGAAUGUGAAGCACUGUGUAGUAGGCUUGCAAUCAUGGUGAAUGGCCGCUUUCAGUGCUUAGGCUCUAUUCAGCAGUUGAAAUCAAAGUAUGGUAAAGGUUAUACACUUAUUAUUAAGAUGAAAAGGGAAAUGCAGAAUGAUCCACAAGCCAUGCCUGCCAUCAAAACAUAUGUUCAAAGUAACUUGCAAGGUGCAUAUCUGAAAGAUGAUCACCAAGGCAUGCUUCAGUAUCAUAUUGUUGAUCCUAAUGUCACUCUAAGUCUUCUGUUCAGGUUUAUGGAUGAUAUGAAGCAAAGAUUCAAUCUUGAAGAUUAUUUAAUAAGUGAUACCUCUCUUGAACAAAUAUUCUUGGCAUUUGCCCGAGCCCAAAGAUAUUCAGAAUGAUGAUUCAUGUUGAAGAAAGUUGGCUGGUGGUCAGCUUUAUGUGAUAAAUGUUUAUAAUUAAAUUAAUUAUAUGUUGUGUGUGAUAAGAAUUGCUAAUGAUACUAAAGUUACAUGGUACUGAAUUGCAACAUUAAAAAUUUCAUAAUGAUUGGUUAUUACAGAGUGCAUCAAAUUGGAAGUCUAUUAUUUAGGUUUCAGAACACAAGAUUCAAAUUUUUUAGAAGUAAAUAAGAAAGUAUAUAUUUUCAAAUUUGCAUAGAAUUUUUAUGUUUAAUUUGCAUGAUAUUACAUGGACCAAAUAUAAUGAUUUAUUCAUAAAAUAAUAAAUGUUUAAUUUUAUGAAGUAUUCAUUUUGAGCUUCAUAGAAGUGUUUAGUUAAAAGCAAGAUCUUAAAGGCUAUGUUAUUUGUUUAAAAAUUACUUUUUACAAUUUAUUGGUUUUAUAUAUAUAAAUGAGAAAAAUUUUAUUUCUUAAUACUUUUAGGUUUGAUAGUUUAAAUCUUAUGAGAAAUUUAUUUCACAACUAAGUACUUUGGUUAUUAUAGCAUUGGCAGAUAUAUUCUAGAUGAAGAACCAAAUCACUGUUUUAUAUAUAUUAUAUAUAUGAUAUGAAAGAAAAAUACUAAUUUUAAUUUAGCAGUAGUCCUUUUAAUUCUUUAUUUUAAUUUGGCUCUGUUUCCUUCCUGAAAUCUAAACUUCAUCACUUGGAAUUUAAAAACUAAUCCACAUUAUGUCAUCUACAGUGUGGUGAGCUCUUGUCCCAUCGUAGUCCAAAAUUUAAAUGAAGAAAUCAACUCUAUAAAUACCCCAGCAGCUGAAUACACACUCACAUCUCCUGUGUUCCUCUCACUAUGCAAAUGCGUGUCAUUCUGCUGUCUGCUUCAUCUAGUGUCUCUCAAGACGUGAUCAGUUAUAUAUAAUUGUGAGGUGCUUGCCACGCCCGUAGUCAUGUGUAAAAGGAGAAUAUGUCUUCAGAACUAUCCAUCAAGAAAUAAAAUUGUACCUUGUUAUUUAUGCCAGCAUCUACAAGUUUUUUUCAUCUCUGCUGUGUCAUCUUAUGUACUUACACUAUCUUCCAAUCCUCAAAUCAUCUCUGCAUAGAAUUAUCACUCACAUGCAUAUAUACAUAACCUGCUUAUUUGAUAAUUCAAGCACCAGUGCCUGUGUCAAGCCAAAAAAAUGUGAUAUAUGCGUGCAAAACCUAAAUAAAUUAAUUAAAUUUUAAAUUUAUGUAUUACAUUAAAAAAAUUACAUAUUUAUUACAGAUGUCAUAAAUGAAAAGGGCUGAAAGAACAGGUUGUGAAAAAGUAUUGGAUAUAUGUAUGCUAAUUAUUUCAGUAGGUGUUACAUCAUGUUUUGCAAUAUGAUUUACCAUGAAUUUGAAACUUGGUUCUAAUUUUUUUCCUCUCACUUAAUUAGAUGUACGCAUAUAUUCAUGUAUUAAUGAUAGUGCUAGACUUUACAUUUAAUAAUUUAAUUCUCUGUUGUCUUUCUUCAUUUUCAUAUGCAUUCUGUUUUCAUGUAUGCUAAGGUGUGCUUGUAUUUAAAGUAGAUUUUGCUGUGAUUUUUACCAGACUUCUGUAACAGGUUGCAUAAAAUUUUGUAAUUCAUCUCAGAAUUUUAUUCCUUUAAAAUCCUAAGGAAAGAAGUGACAUGUUCUUACCCUCCCGUAAGAGAAUAAAAAUUAAGCAGUACUUGUAUGCAUAAAAACAUAUAUUUUGUUCACAUUGACAUUAAGUAUUCAAAUCAUUACAUGCUAAUUAGUGUCUCAAAAUAGAUGUAAAUAUGAUAUGUAUUACAAAUACAUUCCAUAAUGUUAGAGAAAAAUUAAAGUAUAUUAAUAACAAAUGGCAGCCCAAGCAACAACUUUUUUAUAUGGCGGCACUUAAUGUGUUGAAAAUCCUCAAAAUAUGUCUGUACUUAAAAAGAAACAGUCAAGCAUUUUUUAUUUUGGAAUUUGUAAAUUAAACAUAUUUCUGAUUUUACAAAGAUUGAAAAAUUUCAUUAUCUUUUACUUCUUUAUUAUUUACAAAGUCAUAGACACUUGAAUUUUUAAAUAUUUUUGUAUAAAUUAUAUUUUAUAAUUUAUUAUUGUGAAUUAUGGAAUAUAUGAAAAUGUUAGAUGCGCGUAUUAGCUAAAAUGUGACUUUACAAUGUUGUGGUGUGUUACUAUGUUGUGACUUACCUCACUUUUCUGAUAGUAGUGUAAGAACACAUCCACAAAUUUCAUUGUGAUGAGCAGUGCACAAUAGCAUCUCUUGUUGGCAUUGGCCUUGGGCCCCUCAUAGUUAACAAUGUGACUUUGCUCGGGUUUGUCCCAAUUUUGAAGAAGAAUCCCCCAGGGAAUGGGUCCAAGAGUCUCUCACCCCUUUUCCUCUACCGCCAAACCACUUUAGAGGUCUUUCAGCUUGCCUUGUAUUUUAAGUACACCCAUGCCACAAAUAUGUUAUACACUUUCAGAAAUCCAAGCCUUCUCCGGUAUUUAAAACCAGGCCCAAUGAUAUGGCAGCCAGAAAUGCUAAUCACUAUAUUGAUCAGGGCAGCUUGAGCUUACUGUGAAUAUUUUUGAGUACUUUCUAGUUGCUGCUUUUAAGCCAUGUGCCUUUUCAGUAUUUUUUACACUUAGCUGUAUUGUCCAGUAUUAAAUUAGUACAAAACAUGAAUGAUGAAAUUUUAAAUUGAUUUCUUGAAGCAGUUUUAAAAAAGCAUAGUACAAGAAAUUUUUAACAUUUAAAUUUUUAAAAUUCUCGUAGUACUAUACAGUGGUACCCUUGGUGUAAUGUCAUUCAUCCAUUUCAGAUCCUUAGACUUAUAUCAGACUGGAUGAGUACCAAAUAAACUUUUUGAAUAGAAAAUAAUUAAUCCACUCUUUAAUUGUUAUAGUACUAUUUAGUCAAAUAUAUACUGUAUAUAAAUAUUUUACUGUUAUCCAGAUUAAAAGCAAUUUCUGACAUGCUCUAAUGUUGCUAAUUUUUGUUUGGUAGCAGAUUUCGUCUCCUUUGCUAUGUUACCUUAUUUUUUAGCAUCUCUGUUUUUCGCAGUUGUAGAUACUAUCAUUUUUGGCAUGCAGCAUGAAGUAACCAAGUCUUGAAUGUGCAUGCCAUCUUCAUAUUUUCAACAAUCUCUUUUUUCAUUUCGAUGGUAUGUGAUCCUAAUCAUUUUCUACAUUUCUUGACUCUUCACAGUAACUUUCUGAAAACUUGUUGUUAACACAUUUUAAAGAAAUUGGGUGAGAAAACACAAAAUCAUGGGAAAAUGCACAGUUAUAGUGAAGGUUGUAUACUGAAUAGUAGGUACAGGCAUACUGACUUUCACUGAUGGUUGUAACAUUAUCUCAAAAGUGGUAUACAAGAGUAGUCCUUGCUGUCGUGAUUCAUCGAAUUUUCGGGUCAUAUUCCAAACAGGUAUCAUAUACCAGACAAAACAUUUGCAUCCUAACAGAAUGUAUACAAAAUUGGAUUAUUUCAGAACAAAUGCAUUUUAAAGUGCCACCGUAUUUUUAAAUAUAAU